AUGGCAGAUCGUAGACAUGCAGUGGAUGCUGUUACUGUCGUGAUCAAAGAAUGCAUAACUCUAUCUUCUGCUAUGCGGAAGUAUACCAAAUAUACGUCGCAGUCGGGAGUGGUGGCACUUUUAAGUGGCAGCAGCGAGAUUUUUAGUAAUCAGGACGAAUCGCUAGCUGAUCGAUUCACGAAUUUGACCGCUUCCAGGAACAACGAUCCGCUACUUUCUGGAUUGAUUCAAUUGAGGCUGAUGCUCAACAAUGUGAAGAGACUGGAUGAUACAGACUUACUUACGGUUUUUCAGCCCUUUCUUUUGAUAGUCAGCACAGGUUCGGUUUCAGGAUACAUAACAUCCAUGGCGCUCGAGUCGCUUCGAAAGUUUUUAACAUUCGGAAUUAUCAGCAAAUCUUCGCCUAACUACGUUGCUGCGUACCGUGAGACCGUGAACUCACUGACGCAUUGCAGAUUUGAAGGAUCGGAGCAGACAUCUGAUGAUUCUGUUCUUCUCAAAGUUCUGGUUCUUUUGGAGAAACUGAUCAAUUCUGAGCAUAGCAUUUUCCUUUCUGAUUCCAUCAUGUAUGAGGUCUUGCAAACGGUCAUGUCUCUGGCAUGCAACAAGAAAAGAACCGAAGUCUUACGAGGUGGUGCAGAAUUGACCAUGAUGUCGAUAACAGCGAUAAUUUUCCAAAGGUUACGAUGCUUAGAAGUUUCGGAGAGUCAAAAAUAUAUCAAUGAUGAGGAUAUUUCUAAUAAAACGCUCAAGGAUGACAUGAUGGGCGCCGGUAACGCAGGCCAUGGAAAUUCUCCAGAGCCGAAUAAUGAUAACGAGGUUCCAGAGACACCACUCAAUGAGAAGCAAACGACGAUCGUAAAUGAACCAGAAGAAAACUAUGGGAUUUCGGUCGUUAAGGAUUAUUGCCUCCUUCUCGUUAACGUGCUUAUGCCUCAAAAUCAGUUCAAGCACAACAAUUCCACUAAAGUUUUUGCCCUCAAUCUUUUGAAUCUGGCGGUUGAGAUUGCAGGUGAUGAAUUUUCCUCUCAUCCGCGCCUGUUCAACUUAAUUUCCGAUCCAGUUUUCAAAAAUGUGCUCUUCAUUAUUCAAAACACAGAUAAACUCUCUUUACUUCAAUCAGCGCUGCAACUCUUCACAACCAUCACAAUAAUCUUAGGGGAGCAUCUAGAAAAACAGGUUGAAUUGACAUUACAGACAGUCUUUGAUGUUCUUCUAAAUAACCAGAGGGAAAACGUCAAAAAGCGCUCCGCAGGUGUAAAAGAAUUGCUCAUCGAGCAGAUAUCGAUUUUAUGGACAAGAUCUCCUUCCUUUUUCAUCAAGACGUUUAUGGCGUAUGAUUGCGAUCUAAAUCGAACUGAUCUAUCAAUUACAACUCUGAGAAGUCUGGUGAAAUUGGCAUUGCCUGAAUCUGCUGUUACUUCCGCGGAGAGUGUUCCUCCAACCUGUUUAGAGGGCCUUAUCUCACUCUUGGAUAGCAUGUAUGACAGAGUAAAAGAAGCCAAAGCUCCGAUCUGGCAAAAGGGUGACUUGCAUCCUUUGUUGAAAGAGCGAGCACACAAGAAGGAGUUCAUUAGGUGCGCAGAAGAGUUUAAUCGUAAGCCCAAGAAGGGUAUACCUUUGUUGAUAGAAAACAAAUUCAUCAGCUCCAAUGAUGAAAAGCAUAUUGCUGAGUUUCUAUUUGAAAAGAAUGGGCGCUUGAACAAGAAAACAAUAGGAGAGUACAUAGCACAUCCGGAAAGGUUGUCUCUUCUGCGAGAGUUUGUUGAACUGUUUGAUUUCAAGGGAUUGAGAAUUGACGAAGCUCUUAGAGUACUCCUGACAAAAUUUCGACUACCGGGUGAGUCGCAGCAAAUUGAGCGAAUCGUCGAAGUUUUCUCGGCCAGUUAUGUCGCCGACCAGGAAUACGACCCUGAGAAAGCCAACCAAGAUGUCGAAAAUGAUUACUCAACUGUUCAGCCAGAUCCUGACUCAGUUUUCAUCUUGAGUUUUUCUGUUAUCAUGCUCAACACGGACAUCCAUAAUCCUCAGGUGAAGAAACACAUGACUUUCGAUGACUACAUUUACAAUUUGAAAGGCUGUAAUAAUCAAAGAGAUUUUCCGUUGUGGUACCUGGACAAGGUUUAUUGUUCCAUACGUGAUAAAGAGAUCGUCAUGCCGGAAGAACACCACGGCAACGAGCGCUGGUUUGACGAUGCUUGGAAUAACCUGGUUUCUUCAUCAACUGUCAUGACCCAGAAAGGUGGCACAUCUCACUUUCCCCCUAACUUCGAGCUCAAAGAUUCCAUACAGUUUGAUUCUGCCAUCUUCGAAAGUGUCGGUCGUGACAUUGCGCAAACAUUGCUCAAAAUAUUCAAAGUUGCCACCGAUGAUCACAUAACGACGCGAAUUUUGUCCACCAUUGAUAAAUGUGCAUCGAUAGCAGCCUUCUUGCAGCAAAACGAUAUUUUUGAGUAUGUCAUCAACGAGGUCAUUAAAUUGACUACCUUGGAUGACCAGCUGGAUUCCCAGAACCAUUUCGAUUAUGAAGAUCAUGACACUCCUGUUGUUCAAAUUACAUUUGAGGAAACCCAAGAAGUUCUCACUGUGAGUAAUGUCUCGGCACGGCUGGGCCGAUCUUUCAAAGGUCAGUUGUGCACAGUGGUACUUUUCCGAUUUUUGCAGAAAAACGAGAAUCCAAAACUAAUUACCGCUAAUCUAUGGAAGAUAAUUCUUCAAGUGUUGUUGAACUUAUUCGAGAAUGCGCUCAUACUACCCGACGUCUUUCCAGAUUUGCAGAAUAGACUUAAGAUAGGAAAUUUGCCACGCCCUACCCCAGAAUACGAAAUCAACAAAUCAAGGGUAAAUAAAGGACUGUUAUCAACAUUUGCGUCAUAUUUAAAAGGAGAUGAAGAACCUUCAGAGGAAGAAUUUAAUGCUACUGCGACUUCAUACGAGUGCAUUCGAACUUGUCGCGUUCCCUCUUCUAUCUUUGGUAAUGAAUACAAUGUUAAUGCGGCUUUGGUUAGCAGUUUGCUCGACUCCAUUCAGGUUGAAAAGACGGACGAAAACGGGAGAUACUUUGAGGCUGAGAUAUUAUUCCUUUGCGAAUUGGCCGUCGCAUCAUUCCUCUUUUGCAAAGAUCAAGAGAAAAUAGGACAGUUGGUAUUGAAAAAGCUAUUUGAUCUGACGUUCUUAGAUGGCGCGAGUAAGGUUUUUGUGCGCCGCUUACUUGCUUAUAAAGCUUUGUUGAUAUCGAUCCUACAAGAAAAAGAGUGUCUCAUUCGUCUUGUUAAUGAAGAAGUCUUAGUAUUGAACGAGGUGUAUGAUCAAACAUACUGGUCCAGCGAUCAGGGUCGUGAGUUUAUUCAAAUGCUUUUAUCAUUGACGGAUAUUGAAGCAUACGCAGAUGUCCUUUUGCAAAAUGAAGGAUUUUGGAAGCUCCUGCAGGUAUAUGCAGCCGAUCGGAAGCGGGCCUUCGUCAUCUUCCAGUACGUCGAAUCCUUGGUAUCAGCAAAGCCUGAUAAAAUAAACGGGCAAAACUUCAUGUGGCUUCUAAAUCUGCUCGACGAGAUCUCGUCAAUUGGUGCUAUUGGUGGCCAGUGGGAACAGAAGUACGAUCGUCUUGUCAAGACAGGCCACAAAGUCGAUCAGGAAAAUCCGUACCAGGAAACCAUUGAUUUGUCGUUAAAAGCCAUCAAGUUAACCACUAGAUUAUUUGAGCUGCAGACGCAAGGGUCGAUUAAAAAAGCAGAGACCAUCGCCCUUGUCCAAGCCCUCACACAUCAAUGUUUGAAUCCUUGCGACCAGUUAAAGUCAUUUGCUCUAAUAUCAUUGGAAUCUACGCUUGUGAAAAACAUUGAUAAGUCGUCCAGCGACUUAACCCUAGAAGACUUGAUUGAAAAUGGUAUGGUGACUAUAAUGAACGAUGAUAACAAAGAGUCUAAAAACUCUGAAACUGUCAAAAGGAUUUUGGAAUUGCUGUCUAAUGUCUAUUUGAGCUACUUGAAAUCCGGGAAAGCGUCAAACGAAGAUUUUCUCAAGGUUUUGGAAGUUUUCAAUAAACACGUUGAUGACGCAGGUGUCGAAAAGCGCUUGCAAGAAAUGAUAACCGAAAAAAAGCGAUCCAAAAGCAGGACUCACCGCCUCCAAUUGCUCAAAGUGUCUGAAGUGUCCAAAAACUCCUUGCCCGUUAGCUUUUAA